AUGUGUACAAAUUGUCUCCGAAAGGGACACAUUCAGAAAAGGUGUUUCGUGCGGUUUCAUUGUAAAAAUUGCCCCAAACGUCAUAACACUCUAUUACAUUCGGAGAAAGAAAAUGAACCUAGCGACACAUCUAAUGUAGAUAAACCUGGAACUUCGACUGCUACAGCAUCGCAUGUUAUGCACACCAACAUAGAUUUUAAUUGCACUAUUUUGCCUACUGUUACUUUAAUUAUCCGAGAUGUAAACAACAAACCUCUUAGAAUACGAGCCUUAUUAGAUUCGGGUUCAGAAGUUAGUAUCAUAACGAAAAAUCUUGCUAAUAAACUCGGUUUUAAAUUACAUAGCUCAAAUUUACUUUUAAGUGGCGUUGACGGCGCAUCAGUUCGAUCCAAUCAAAAUUUUAAUAAGCCAGACGAAGUUGAGUUGUUAAUCGGUGUCGACAUAUUUUUUGAAAUUCUUUUAAAUGAGAAAAUUCUGCUUGGAAAGGAUAAACCAGUGUUACAAAAUACAGUUUUUGGUUGGGUUGUAGCUGGUAACUUCGGAAAUAAUUCUAGUCCUGUUGAUAACUUAACGGCUUCCAUUAAUCACGUCCAGCUAGCAAGCUCUAUAGCAAGGUUUUGGGAAAUCGAUGAGAUAAAUGACAGUUAUUCGGUAUCAAGCGACGAUGAAAUUUGCGAGCGUCAUUUUUUGGAAAAUGUUUCUAGAGAUAUUGAUGGAAGUUAUGUGGUUGCUUUGCCUUUAAAGCCCAGUGCUGAUGUAAAUCUUGGCUUAUCAUUACAACAAGCUAAACGUCGCUUUUUGCAUUUAGAAGCUCGCUUCAAAAGAAAUACUAUUUUAAAAAAACAGUACUCUGACUUUAUCAACGAAUAUAUCGCAUUAGGUCACGCAGCUGUAACAAACUUUGAUCACUCCGGUAUGCAUUAUUAUCUACCACACCAUGCGGUAUUUAAAAAAGAUUCUGACCAGAUCCGCGUAGUUUUCGAUGCUUCUGCUGUAACUUCAACCGGAAAUUCUUUAAAUGACGUACUUUAUACGGGUCCAAAGUUGCAGCAAAGUAUUUUCGAGAUUUUGAUAAAAUUUAGAUGUUACAAAUUCGUGUUCACAGCUGAUAUAGUUAAAAUGUUUCGCCAAAUUCGAGUUAGAAAAGAAGACCAAGAUUUACAACGCAUAUUGUGGCGCGAAGGUCCAAACGAAACUUUAAAGUGUUUGAAAUUAACAACUGUCACAUAUGGAACUGCAUGCGCUCCAUACUUGGCAAUACGGUGCUUGCACAAACUAAUCAGCGAUGAAGGUUCGGCUUAUCCACUUGCUUGCGCAGCGCUGCGUAACGAUUGUUACGUGGACGAUUUAAUAACGGGUUCCGAAACUUUAGAGCAAUCGGUCAGAUUAAGGGACGAAUUAAUAGCAUUGUUUUCCAAAGCAAAUAUGUCUCUCCAUAAAUGGGCUGCAAAUGAUGAUAAAAUUUUAAAAUUUACAUCGUUGGAAAAUGAGCAUUCUGAAAUGUUUGAUAUAACGGAUGAUAAGUCUUCCGUAAAGGCAUUGGGACUUUGUUGGAACCGCGUUUCAGAUUCAUUCGAAAUCCGUACCAAUGGAAUUAUUAUCGAAACAAAAUUAACCAAACGAAAAAUUUUAUCAUCAAUUGCAAAAAUUUUUGACCCACUUGGUUUGAUUUCUCCUUUUGUGGUAAUUGCCAAAAUAAUGAUGCAAGAUUUAUGGCAAUUGAAAAUUAGUUGGGACGAUUUAAUCACAGACAAGUCAAUACUUACUCGUUGGACGCAAUUUGUAAGCGAUAUUACUAUUCUAAAUGACAUAAAAAUACCACGUCCUUUAUUUUUACGAAGCGAAAUUUGUCACUUACAAUUACAUGGUUUUUGUGAUGCUUCGAUAAAGGCAUAUGGCGCUUGCAUAUAUGUGCGCACAGUAUAUCAAAAUCAACAUACUUCUGUCAAUUUACUAUGUUCCAAAUCUCGAGUCGCACCGAUCAAACAUGUUACACUUCCCCGUCUUGAACUUUGCUCUACACUAUUAUUAGUUAGGUUAUAUAAUUCUAUAUGCAAGAUUUUUAAACAUAGGGUUCAUGACAUAUUUUUCUGGAGUGAUUCAAGUAUUGCACUCACUUGGAUUAAUACUUCCCCAUCAAAACUUAAGUCUUUUGUUGCAAAUAGGGUUUCCGAAAUACAAAAUUGUACAAAUGUAACUUGGCGACAUGUUCCAUCGGCCUAUAAUCCUGCUGACCUUAUUUCACGCGGCGUCACUGGUGUUAAACUACGCGAUUGCCACCUUUGGUGGUGUGGACCUCAGUGGUUAAAAUCAAAUAUAAAUUUUUGGCCAGAAAUAUUUAACGUUAAUGAAACUGUCAAUUUGCCUGAGCAGGAACUUAUUCCGUGUUGUUGCUUUUUGUUUAAGAUUCAUUAA